GUUCACCUCUGGGCGUUCGCAUUGAUUGUGCAGUAAGUCAGUAUGGUGGGUGUAGGUUUGUUUUCCUUCGUGACGAUGGAUCUACAGACGCUCUUGUUUCUCCUCCUGCUUGUCAUGGUGAUCGUCCUGGUUGUCCGUCAGAGGAGACGUCGUCUGAACCUUCCCCCCGGACCCCGGGGUUUUCCUAUCGUGGGGAACCUGUUCAGCAUGCGUCCCAGCAAACUGCUGGCCAACAUGGCGGCCUGGCGUCAGCAGUACGGAGAUGUGUACAGUCUGAGGCUGUUGAAUAGGAUCGUUGUUGUGCUGUACGGACACAAGCCAAUCCACGAUGCUCUUGUCAAACAAGCGGACAUAUUCUCAGACCGCCCUCCCAUCAGGAUCCUCAGACGUGACCCCGGGUUGGUCAUGGCUCGUUACGGAGAACAUUGGGCGGAGAGGCGCCGUUUCGCGUUGUCAGCCCUCCGACAGUUCGGCAUGGGCAGACGCAGUGCAGAGGGAAGGAUUCGGGAAGAGGCGGCGGCCUUGUGCACCGCUAUAAGGUCUCUGGAUGGAGCACAGAGGGACAUAUCCCACCUCUUGGGUAACGCGGUCUCAAACAUCAUCUGCUCCAUGUCGUUUGGGAACCGCUUCGAGUACGACGACGCAGAGUUUAAGCGUCUUUCCCACGCGUUUGCCUACCUCGUCGGCUCCAACAACAGAAGCAUUCUUGCCUUGGUUCGUCAAUUUAUCAUGCCGUACUUGCGUAAGCUGCCCAUGAUGGGAAACUGGCGGAGUUACGGUAUAAAACAGAACGACUACGUCAUAGACUUCAUCAUGAAAAGUGCGAAAGAACACAAGGAAACUUUCGACAAGUCUGACAUCAGGGACAUCAUCGACGUGUUCUUAAGCGAAGGCGACGGCAGUGAGAAGGGCAAUGGCGUAAACGAAGAGGCGCUUGGCACUAUCAUCAGAGAUCUCUUCAUCGCCGGUUCCGAAACCACGGCGACAACCUUGAGGUGGGGUCUACUCUACACGGCACUGAACCCAGACGUGCAGACCAAAGUGCAGGAAGAAAUUGACCGCGAGUUUGCGUCGCACGCUCCGCCGUGGUCUGAGCGCGGAAGACUGCCGUACACCGAAGCGACCAUCAUGGAAAUCCAGCGCAUACGCCCGAUCGUGCCGCUGAAUAUUUUCCACGGCAACACCAGCGCCACUACACUGUACGGGUAUGACAUACCGGCCGGUACAUACAUCAUUCCCAGUCUCUGGUCGGCCAUGAUGGACCCGAAAGUGACACCAGAACCCGAGGAGUUCCGACCAGAAAGGUUCCUGGACGACGAGGGGAAGGUGGUGAAGCCGGAAUGGUUUCUACCAUUUUCCGCAGGUCGGCGACGGUGUUUGGGAGAACAACUUGCCAAAAUGGAGCUGUUCCUUUUCUACACCAGCCUGUUGCAGCACUUCACCUUCAAACUGCCAGACGGCGCCCCUGCACCGCCAAUGGACGGCAGUCUUGGAUUUGUCUUGUCUCCACCCGCGUAUGACAUAUGCGCCGUUCCCAGACACUCUUCAUAAGAAGGACUAGUAUCACUCAGACUGACGAAGUUUGAAGUAAAAAGAAAUGAUUAGUGUUAUCAUAAUGAAGGAAUAAAGACCUUUAUUGUAAAUAUAUUUACCCACUGGGUUAAGUACAGGUCGUAACAAAAUGAUAGUUGACAGAUACAUGAAAUAUUUACAAUGCCAAGCAACACAUUUAUAUCAUAUUCUACUAAAUAUAUCCAGUAUUAAGUUUGGUUGACUUUAUUGUGAAGCAAUGUAUUAUUAUAUGAUAAAAUGAAUCAUUAAUUGUUACAGCAUU